UAUCAUCGACAUAAUAAUAUUAUGUCAACAAUGUCAAUAAUAAAUAAAUAAACGCUGGCGAUUAUGAGAGAGUUUUUAAACAUUUCAUAUUUUCAACGAUAAAUAUUGUGGUAACGAUUCGGAUUUAAUUAACAAAAUUGUGUAAUCCCGGGGUCGUAGCAAUUGGCCGAUACUGUUGUUUUAACUACUUACAGAUCUGCGUUAUUUGCCGAGUAGGCCUGAAAGAUGUCCAGGAUGCAUGCUAAUUAUAACCUGUUGAUCCUAUGAAAAUAUAUUCUAUACAAAGUAAACUCGAACAAAUUUAGAAUGGCAUGUUGUGGAUUUGACAAAGACUGUCCUGAUGAACCGGGUCACCUAAGAGUCAGAGGUUGUACGGAUGUCCUGUGGCUUAUAAUUUACUUGUUUAUGUGGUGUCUUAUGAUUCUUAUCGCUGUUUUCGCAAUUGUAUAUGGAGAUCCACUUCGUCUGAUAAAUGGCCAUGACAGUUUUGGUAAUACUUGCGGUUCGUCAACUAACACAAAAAUGGGCGAAUUAUCUGGAUUGGAGAUGACUGAUAAAAAGUUCCUAUUUUAUUUAGAUCCAGCUAAUAUUGAGCAUAGUCUUCAAAUAUGUGUUAAACAAUGUCCUAAUACUGAUCUAUUAGACAUAAACGACUUAAAAGUAUAUUAUAAUCGCACCAAAUCAUUGCUCUGCAGCUACGAUUUUAAUUUAAAUAACAUCACUGUGAGCCCACAAAACCAGAGUUUUUUCACUACGUCUUUAGGACCUUGUCCUCCGUUUCCAGUAUAUAAAAGUCAUCAUGUACUGAAUCGUUGUGUACCCAAUGAUUUGAAAAAUGAAACAUUACCACUUAUUUAUAACAUAUAUGGGAUGUUGAACGAUUGGGAUUUCCACGAGGAAAUUCUUAAUGACUUAUACAAGACAUGGCCUCAAAUAUUAUUUUUCACUGUCUUGACUUUUGUUCUGUCGUUUGGCGUUAUUGUAUUAAUUCAUGUGCUAACAAAUGUUAUUGCAUACAUUUUAAUGGUUUCCAUCAGUUUGAUGGUAUUAGCCACUGUGUUUUUGCUCUGGUGGGAAUAUAUUUCUUUGAAAAUGCGUUUGGACCAUACUGUGGAAGCGCAAACUCUUAGUAUCGAUACUUGCAACGAACACGUUUUCUUUAUACUGGCAAUAUGCUUUACAUUGUUUUCAGUGGUAUUACUUUUACUGGUGUUGGCAAUGCGCAAACGUUUAGGCGUCCUUACAACUUUAUUUCACGAAUCUGCUGAAUGUCUAUCCAAACUCCCUGCACUAUAUUUGCAGCCUCUAGGUACGUUUACUGUGCUGCUGGGCUUGUAUACUUUUUGGACAGUAGUGAUACUUCAUUUGGCAACAGCGAACUAUCCGGGUACGAAAUCGCUAAAACUUUUGACUGAUUUGACGGUUCAAAAUCUAACAUCUAAUAAUUCCAUAGUUCCGGACACGUUAAUGAAAGAUUUAGCUUCUGUUAACGCUGGAUUAACAGCAGUAGAGUUCAAAGAUGCCAGUUGGGUGAGAUAUAUGUGGUGGGUUUACAUUAUAGGUUUGGUGUGGUCGACAGAAUUUAUAUUGGCCUGCCAACACACGAUCAUUGCUGGCACUGUAGCGACAUGGUAUUUUGCAAAUGGCAAAAUCAGCAAUAAAUCAAUCAUUUUUUCAUCGAUGUACAAUCUUGGAUUUUAUCAUUUGGGAUCAGUAGCUCUUGGGUCGCUACUAAUUAUUUUUUUCAAAAUACCAAGACUUAUUUUAACAUUAUUUAACCACAAACAAAAUGUGACUAAUUACGGACGUAUUACAAAAAAAACAUGCUUUUGUUGUACUUACUCUUUUGAUCAUUUUUUGAAGUACAUCAAUCACAACGCAUAUGCCAUAGUCUCGAUUGAAGGCGUCGGGUUCUGUUUGGCUGCGUCUAGAGCGUGGAACGUGAUAGUCUCCAACGCAUUGAGACUGGGCGCUAUCAACAGUAUUGGAGAUUUUAUAUUGUUUUUAGCUAAAGGUCUUGUUACUCUAAUAAUUGGAUUUUCCGCAUUAAUAACAUUGCGAUCAGAUCCGGAACUGCAUUUCCACGCUAUACCCGUAAUCAUUAUUUCGGUAUUUGGAUUUUUCAUCGCACACUGUGUUAUAACGUUAUACGAGGUCGUUAUUGAUACAUUGUUUUUGUGUGUAUGUGAAGAUAAGAACAUAAAUGGCGAAAUGUGGCACAAAAGUCCUAUUAUAAAGUUAUCCAAGCCCAAAAAGAAUAUUGUAAAAAAUGCCAUAAACACAUAAAUAGAUGUCCAUGUUUAUAUUUUA